AUGGGUCCAUUCAACAUUGAUAUCAGCAAGGAACGUCCACCAAUUGACGAAAACCACGAUCUUUACUCUCAUGACGAUGCCGAUGAUGAGUUAGAACACCAUCAUUAUAAUGAUAGUGAUGAUGAAAUUUUGUCGAAAUCAGUCAAUUCAGCUCAUUACUCAACUUCAGAAGAUAAGUUCAUGAAGGAUCAAGAUUUGAAAAUCCGAACCUUUGAAGCUAUUCAUAGUAACAACGCGGUUGAAGGUUUUCAUGUUGGAAGUCCCCAUUCUAUUAGAAGAAGACAAUCAAUUAUUGACCUUCCUAUUCAAAACAAGUUUACUCACAAUCCUUUACCCACCCAAAAGGAAUCACCAGCUGAUCUUGCAGCAUCUGCUGGGAUUUCAGAAGAAUAUGCAUCUGAAGAAUUGAUUGAAUUUUUUGAAAAUGUUAAAGUUUGUCUUGAUAUUAGACAUAAAUAUUUAAAAUUGUCUUUACAAGAUGAUGAAAUGGAAAAUCCAAAAAAUAGAGAUGACUGGGUUGUUUAUCCUCCUCCACCAAAACCAACUUAUAAAUCUAAGAAUAGAUUCAAUCAAUUACCUGGUACCGAAAACGAAGAAGAAGAAGAAUUUGAUUUCAGUAAAUGUGAUAUUCCAGAGCCUCAAAAUAAGCAUUAUUACAAAUUGAACCUGGAAUCAGUUUAUCAAGUCUACGAUAAAGAAACCGAUGAACCUCUUGUCGAAGUUCCAAGUUUACAUGAUUAUUAUUCGGAUCUGAAUAAAAUCACUAAAUUAUCUUCCGAUGGACCUGCAAAAUCUUUUGCUUUUAGAAGAUUACAAUAUUUGGAAGCUAAAUGGAACAUGUAUAGUCUUCUUAAUGAGUUUGAAGAAAAUACUCAAUCAAAGCGUAACCCACAUAGAGAUUUCUAUAACGUACGUAAGGUUGAUACCCAUAUUCAUCAUUCAGCUUGUAUGAAUCAAAAGCAUUUGUUAAGAUUUAUCAAGUACAAGUUGAAAACACAACCAGAUGAACAAGUUAUUUUUAGAGAUGGUAAAAUCUUAACUUUGUCACAAGUAUUUGAAUCAUUAAAAUUAUCAGCUUACGAUCUUUCUAUUGAUACUUUAGAUAUGCAUGCUCAUACUGAUAGUUUCCAUAGAUUUGAUAAAUUCAACUUGAAAUAUAAUCCUAUUGGAGAAUCUAGAUUAAGAGAAAUUUUCUUAAAAACAGAUAAUUUCAUUCAAGGUAAAUAUCUUGCAGAAUUAACUAAGCAAGUUUUUGAAGACCUUGAAAGUUCAAAAUAUCAAAUGACUGAAUUAAGAAUCUCUAUUUAUGGUAGAAGUAUUGAUGAAUGGGAUAAAUUAGCUGCUUGGAUUGUUGAUAAUAAAUUAUUUAGUCACAACACCCGUUGGUUAAUUCAAGUUCCAAGACUUUAUGAUGUUUAUAAAAAGAAUGGUAACGUUACCAGUUUCCAUCAAAUUUUACAUAAUUUAUUUGACCCAUUAUAUGAAGUAACAGUGAAUCCAAAAUCACAUCCUAAAUUACAUGUAUUCUUACAAAGGGUUAUUGGAUUCGAUUCUGUUGAUGAUGAAUCAAAGAGUGAAAAGGGUAUCCAUCAAAGAAGGUUCCCCAUUGCUACUGAAUGGGAUGCAUCUUUUAACCCACCAUACUCCUAUUAUCUUUAUUAUCUUUUUGCAAAUUUGUGUUCAUUAAAUAAAUUAAGACAAAAGCAAAAAAUGAAUACAUUUGUUUUACGUCCUCAUUGUGGUGAAGCUGGAGAUCCAGAACAUUUAAUCAGUGCUUUCUUAACUUCCCAAUCUAUUUCUCAUGGUAUUCUUUUGAGAAAGCUUCCUUUCAUUCAAUACUUGUACUAUUUAGAUCAAAUUGGUUUAGCAAUGUCUCCAUUAUCAAAUAAUGCUUUAUUCUUAACUUAUGAUAAGAAUCCUUUCUAUAACUUUUUCAAAAAGGGUUUGAACGUGUCUUUAUCCACCGAUGACCCAUUACAAUUCUCAUAUACAAAAGAGCCUUUGAUUGAAGAAUAUUCCGUGGCUGCACAAAUUUACAAACUUACGAGUGUUGAUAUGUGUGAAUUGGCUGCUAAUUCUGUCAGACAAUCAGGUUGGGAAGCUUCUAUUAAGAAGCAUUGGUUAGGUAAGAAGUUUUUGCUUGGUGGUCUUCAAGGGAACAACAUUGAAAAGACCAAUGUUCCUGACAGUAGAGUCAGUUAUAGAGAAGAUACACGUAAUGCAGAGCUUGGAUUGGUAGACUUUUAUUCAAAAAAGCAAAAGAAGUAA